AUGACCAUCAAAGUUAAAGUAGAGUUCUUGGGAGGAUUAGAUAUAAUAUCCAACUCAAUCAGAGAACAUAAAUGUACUAUCCCUUAUGAAGAAGGUGAAGCAACCAUGAAAGAAUUAAUAGAUCAUAUAACAAAAACAAUCAUCAAUGAUCCUAAAGAUAUCCCAGUCUUUAUUGAAGAUGGAACAGUUAGACCAGGUAUACUUGUACUCAUAAACGAUACUGAUUGGGAAUUAGAAGGAAUGGAAGAAUAUGUAGUUGAAAGUGGAGAUGUCUUUACAUUUACCAGUACUUUACAUGGUGGUUAA